CCCAGGUCGGGUGGUACCACCUGGUGGUGCGGGGGAAGAUCGACCGGUGGACGCUGUAUGACAGCGCGCACGCGGACUACGAGAAGGUGCGCAACUUCAAGAAGGCCUGGCGCCAUCUGUGGUCGUUGGGCAUCUACGGACACCUGUUGUUUGCGUUUUUGUUCUAUCAAAAUGAAAAAUCCCCCCACCCCAUACUCAAGCUAGAAAUUUGUGAUGCAGAUUCGUGGUUACAAAUCAGCUUUGUCAUGCUAGAAGGGAAGAGAUGCGGACUGUAGUGCUGGUUGGCGUGCUGGGAAAGCCUUGCAUCUUCAGAAUGAAAGGGGGCAGCUGGAAGUGGGAAACAGCAUGACAAAUUGCCUGCAAACGAGGCCAAAGCUGCGUCUCUUGGCCUUCUAGCAUUACAGGUCGAUUUGUGUACUCGAAUACUGUAUUCGAGUACACAAAUCGACCUGUAAUGCUGUAUUAUACAGCAUCACAAAUUUCGUUUUCGAUAUGGGGAGGGGGGAUUUUUCCUUUUGAUAUGUUCCAGUACUGCGACGGGCUCUUGUCCAUUCCGGCGCUGGCAACGUUCCGGGCCUACCUGCCCAACGUGGACGACCUGCAGUUUAUGUUCCACGCGGCCGAGUUGAAGACUGUGCCGGCGCUGGAAACCCAGGGGCACCGGUACGGGGCGCUGCUGGACUUCGCGGAGGACCCCGCGGAAGACUUUUUCUACACCUGGGACGUCUCGCAGAUUACGAACAUGGAAAGCAUGUUCGACUCCGUGACCGGCGUGAUCCGCAGCCCCGAGGUCUCGCGGUGGGACACCGCGAAGGUGCGGAACAUGAAGCGCAUGUUCGCGAACACCAAGCUCGCACCCUGGAGCGUGGUGUUUUGGGACGUUCGGGAGGUGACCACGUUCGUGGAGAUGUUUGCCCAGACCGACCACGCGAACCCCUGCAUCAACCGCUGGCUUUUCCGCCCCGACGCGGACGUGACGGACAUGUUCAAAAAUGCGGUGUGCGCCACGCCGGAAACCAUGAAACCCACGGCGCCGGCCAUCCGAACCGCCAUCCACAACGCCGCCGCGCACUACCAGCCGAAGCUCUGCCAGGGGAGCGUGCCCGGGCGUGGGUGGGUUAUCCCCUUCGGCUGCGACGAGCCCACGCGGUUCGAUCUGCAAAUCGGUGCGGCGAACACGCGGGUGCGGAUCCCCCUGAUUCGGGACACCCACUACGAUGCGAUGGUGUACUGGGGGGACGACACCGGGGGGUCCAUGCUGAUUACCACCGGCACGGCAUUGGCAGACGUGGCUUUCACCUACAACGCGGCGGGCUCGUACCCUGUGGUCAUCGUAGGUGCAUCCUUCGUAUCCUGUGCAAAAGUAUCGUACUCGUAUUGCGACCAUGCAUUACAAAUCUUGUUCUUAAGCUAAAUUCGCAUUACAAAUUUUUUUUCUCAUGCUGACGCUGAGGAAAUUUGUAAUGCAUUUAUACGAGUGCGAUACUUUUGCAGUUCAUACUUCGCGCAGUGGCAAACCUUGACGCCGGACCCUUUGGACGCAGUUCCUCUUGCCGACCGAGCCACCACUACAGUUCCGGCAGUCACGAACGCGCGCGCGUAUGACCCGCUCAGAUCCCGCAAAAACCACAGCUGCUCCAAUAAAAUCAAGCUGAACAACAGUCUUGUUCGUCAUCUUGCAUGAACGACGAACUAGUAAAAGAACGAAGGGUGUGUCGUCCGCGCUUUGUUCCGACAACUCCAGCACUUGUCAUGCGCAUCUUACUUUAUGUAAUGCAAGUUUAUGUAGUGCCCUUGGUGUUGGUACUCGUACUAUGCUGUUGCCGAUGCAAAUCUAGAUCGCGCAACUUCUACUUCAGGACCACGAUCCAUCUCCGUUUCCAUUGCGACACCAGCUCGUUGAGAUUGUAACACUUGAGCAGGUUAUAGUGCGCGCCGCGAGAUUCGCCGGCUCGAGCAGGUCGAGUAUCCCUAUGAGAGACGCAAGUUGUUGCGGGACAGCCGACGGACUCGACUGCUUGGAACCUCCGGAAAGGAGUCCACUACAGCCGCAGCUAGCAGCAGGACCACGAGUGAAGAUGUGGGAAUGCUCGUUGACAAUGCUCGCGCGCGCCGAGUGCAAGAAGAGGACACAGAAGCUGCUACCCCGCCGGACCCGGCGUACUUGGCGUUCAAGCAAGCCCUGACGAAAAUAAUCGCCAUCGGGGAGAUCGGCUGGGUCUCUUUCGAGGGGGCUUUUGCGGAGCUGGACAACCUGCAGAGCCUGGACUUUACCGACAUCACGGUAUCGCCGUUGCACACGCACGGGGUGGAGUACUACUGCUUUCUUUUCAAGAGACUCUGCAUCGAGCGCACGGUAACUUUUGACGAGUCCGUGCUUUACGAGAACGGUGUGCGCACAUUUACAACAACCCUCCCGCCGGGAAUGCCGCGCCGUCGAAAUUUGCUUGACGGCUCAACAUCUAGUAGUCCGGCAGGUGAUAUUGGUCAACAAGCCGAUGUCCCCAGCAGUAGUACAGCAGCUGCUACCACCAGGGAUAGUGCGGCGAGCUACACAACUUCAUCAACUACGAUGUCUUCCGCGCCACCAAGCACCCUAGCUAGUACAACGUCAACAUCUCCACGACCCGAGUCACCCGUGAUGUUGAGAGCGCUACAAGAACGCAAGCACUUACGAGAGGAGUUUGCGGAUGCUUGGCGGGAGCGACCAAGAAAUUGGCAUCCACAAGAUCCAGUCAUAAAGCUGCCGUGGUUGAGCGGUAGGCACGAGAGCAGCGAGGGGAGGGGCACAUUCCUCGAGGCGGCAGGAGGAGAAGAAAGCACGAGGACUAGCACGCUGACCGAAAACCUGUACUCGGCCUUUUUCGGACAGGAGGACGAAGAAGAUCCCGCAAUUGCGCAACCAACUCGGACGACAACAAUCGGGACAACAACUACUCCGACGUCUUCCACGCGCGCUUCUUUCGCUUCCAAGCCGGGACAAGGGCGGCAGAAGAGACGGCUGUUUACCCGGCGGGAGCUGCAGAGCACCAGUUCGGGCGCCGCCUUGGUGGCGGUCUUUCCCUCCGUGACUUCCAUGAGUGGGUCGUUCGAAGGCUCUUUAUCCUGAGUAAAAACGUACCCACACCAUAGUCAAGUUGGGGAAUCGGCUAGACAAAUCCACAAGUUUUGGCUGUUUUGCAUGACAAAUUUGGAUUCGUAGUGUAGUGCUGUUUGAGCUAGCUCAGCAGCAUCACAGAUCUAGCAUACCAUGCUGAUUGGAGCAUGACAAAUUGCAAAACACGAUUGGAAAAUGCUUCUCAUGGGGCUCCGCAUGAGAAACAUUUUCAGCAUGCAGAUUUGCAUGACAACUCUGGUGUGGGUACGUUUUUACUCAGGAUACUCUUCCACCGUGGUUUUGGCCGAUCUGAACAGCUGGAAUCUGGGCGAGGUGACCAGCCUUGCCAACGUGUUUGCCGAUGCCCUGCAAGUGACCCUGGACACGGCGGACUGGAAUGUGGGCAAGGUGGCGGACUUCUCCGGCGCGUUCAUGAACAUGGUAGUUGCGAACCCAAACACCACUGCCUGGAACACCGGCAGCGGGGGAGCCUUCGCGAACAUGUUCCGCGGGACGGUUGCGGCCACGCCGGAUGUAUGCACUGCAAAUACAACGUCUGAGUUGCCUGGAACGCUGCGGCUUGUCAUGCUAAGUCUGGAUCGUGCAUCAAAGAUCUGUGACGCAUGGUUCCCAAAAGCUUUCCACUUUAUUUGACCAAGUUGAAGUUGAGAGGGAGUGUCUCAUGUAGGAUAGGCGUGAUAGAAGUGAUACAGAUCGCACAGAUGAAUCUGUUGUGCCAGGCCCUGCAUGGCAGACCCCGUGGGUCAUGAAAAAUCUGCAGGACGAGUCUUGCAAUCUUCCAGACAGACCCAGACAUAUUCUCACUGGAUAGGAUGUCUUGAAUUGGAAUACCGGGGCCGCCACGGACAUGUCGGGAAUGUUCCAGGGCACGGUGGCAGCGACCCCGAACGUGACCCUGUGGAACAUGCAAAGCAUCCAGACCAUCGCGUCUAUGUUCGAAGCCUCGCAAAACGCAGAGCCCAACAUCCUGCUCUGGACCACACCCAAUCUGCAAUCCAUGCGGCGGUUCAUUCAGGACGCCGGCAAAGCGGUGCUGUUGAUUGGGCCCAACUUCCGAGCGGUAGGUCUGACCAACAUGGACCUCAUGUUUGCCAACCGCGACAUCGCGCCGCGGACCGACCAUUGGGACGUGUCCACGGUAACCAGCAUGGAUCGCAUGUUCUACAACAAUUCGCUGGCGAAGCCCGACGUGGGUCCGUGGGACACACGGAGGGUGAAAAACAUGCACAAAAUGUUCAUGCGCGCGCCUCUGGCCGAGCCGGCCACCUCCGGGUGGAACGUGACCCAGGUCACCGACAUGGUCCGCAUGUUCGCGUUAUACAUUGCAAAAAUGUCUGGGUCUGGAAGAAGACAAACUUGUGAUGCGCAUUUCAAAACACAGAAAAAUCUCUCAUGCACAGGUAGCAGAAGCUGCCCACUUUCUGUCACCACAAUGGGGGAUCUGUCAUGCGGAUUAGGCAUUGCGGGAGCUUCGCGAAACCUGUGAUGCUAGAGCUUCCAUGCCAGACCUUGCGUGUCAUGCAAAAACAGCAUGACUCUUCCAGACCCCGACAUUUUUACAUUUGAUACGCGUACGCCACCAACGCGAACCCGGACGUUGCAGCGUGGAAUACCUUACGCUCUGCAAAAGUAUCGUACUCGUACUAAUUGCAAUCAUGCAUGACAAAUAUUUUUCCUAGGGCGAAACAGCAUUACAAAUUCCACUUUCCUGCUUGCAGAAAUUUGUCAUGCGAUUUAUACUAGUACGAUAUUUUUGCAGUUCAUAUACCUCGAAGCUGCAGAGCAUGCACGGCAUGUUCAUGCACACCGACCGUGCGGCCCCCGACUGCACCCUCUGGAACACCACGGGGGUGACAGACUUCUCGCAAAUGUUUGACACCGCGAAGGUGGCCAAUCCGGACACGGAGAAGUGGAACACGCGCAAAGUGUUCAACUUCACGCGGAUGUUCGCGGCCACGGGACUUGCGGACCCGAAUAUGGGAAGGUGGCGCAUGGAGGAGGCCGUGUACCUGAACCAGAUGUUUAAGGGUGCCCAGGCCGCGACCGCUCACUCCACCUGGGGGUGGCAGUGGCUUUACGAGGACAUACCCCUCUCAGGAGCAGCACUUGCUCGUGCACGGACGAGGCAAUUGCAACAGGAUGUCGUUGAGACACCUUUUACACCACCGCCAUCACCAAUGGAGGAAUUCGAGCGAGAGCGGGCAGCCUGGCUUAUAAACAUAACGGACGAAAGACGCCACGAGCACCGGAUCCAAUUUCUGAACAAUUUUCCCGUCAGAGGUACACUUUUACCCGGCCCGAGCGGUCCUCAAGCCUCUUUUACUGUGUCCCAUGACCACCGGCGGGCGACCUCCGCGACGAGAGGUUUAUUAGGCAGGACGCUGCAGCAGGACGGCGCCGGCAACGCCACGGAUGCAGCUUCUUCUAGUGAUGCAGGAGGAGAUCUGUAUAGUGUAGAGCAAAAAGUAAACGCUCGCGGGAUUUUCAUUCCCCUGGACUACGCGCCGACCAAGUUCUAUGGAAAUGUCAGAAUCGAAAUUGACAAAGUAGAAAAGUUUGCGAUGCACAAAAUCGAUGUCAGUUGGAGCCUCAGUUUCCAAGUGGCGCAUGACCAAUUUCGAGAGCACCCAAAUACAGCCUGUCAUGCUGUUUGAGCAAAGGAGACUGCUCCUGUCGUGCUACUCUGGCAGCACAUUGCAUACCCAUAAACAGGCUCACAAUCGGGCUCAUUUGCCUGCUCCCCAAUACAAGCUUUCGGCGCCCUACAUUUUAUACAUCACAAGUUUUUCGAUUUCGUCGAUUUCGAUCCUGACACAUCCAUAAGUUCGGCUCCGUCCGUAUGGUGUUCUCAACUGUUACAUUCUCAACUGUUACAUGAUUUGUCAUGCAAAAUAGCCUUCAGAAUCGACACCAUCAAGCUGCUCCGCAUGACAAAUUCUCAGAGGGCCAAACAGGCUGAUAAUCGGCGCCAAAUCUGUCAUGCAAGACGCGCAAGAUCUCCCCUAUCACUUUUGCCAUUCUUGCAUCACAAAUUCAUGUAACAGUUGAGAAUGUAACAAUUGAGAACGCCAUAGUCCGCAUGUGGAGCUACGCGGACGAACCGGCUCCGCUGGGUAUCGUAAGGAAAAAUCCCCCCUCCCCAUAUCGAAAACGUAUCCGUCUGAAAAUUUGUGAUGCGCAUUUGUGACCUCAAAUCCUGGCUGUCUUGCAAGAAGGCAAGUCCAGAAAGCGUUCCGCAUUUUGCAGGCGGUUUGUGAUGCUGUUGGGCUAAGAGCAUGCGCGUUUGUCAUGCUAGGCGCCUACGUCAAAACCUCUCGACUGAGGCUUGGCAUAUGCCUGCAGUCCUCUACUGCAAGACAAAUCUGAUUUGUGUAUGGAAAUCCAGCAUCAGAAACGUCGUUUCGAUAUGGGGAGGGGGGAUUUUUCCUUUUGAUACUGGGGUGUGUGAACUCUUUUGGGUGCCGCCUUUACAUGUACGGAGAUUACCAACCGGAGCCCUUCCCAACCAACAUGCGCCACGUGUACAUGUAUCCCACGAAAAAACUGUUUCACUGUAAGGUAGGAUCAUUUUGCAGGUUUUGCAUGACAAGUUCGCUCUACAUGACAGAGAAAAUUUGCCAUGCAAGCUUCCUAAGGGAAAACACAGCUAAAAAUCCACUUUCUUGCAUGUGUAGCAAGACCACAAAUACUUCUGCGUUCCAUUUUAUGCAUCACAAGUUUACAGUGAAACAGUUUUUUCUUGCGAUAACAUGGAUGAGAUGUUCAAAGACACCAUCCGGGCCGACCCGAGCACGAAAAAUUGGUACAUGAAGUACGUGGUUUCAGCCCGGGCGAUAUGCAUUGCAAAUAUGUCUGGCUCUGGAAGAUUGCGAGAUUUCUCAUGCUCGUUUGGCAUGACUCCAAACUCUGUAUUGCGUAGGGCCAUCGGAAGACCUCCUCUUGUCUGUCAUGCAAAAACGAUGUUUCUCAUGCGGAAACGGAAUACGCAACACAGAGCCACGAGAAAAUCUGUCAUGCUUGGCGGUGCAUUACAGUGCGCUGUCUAUUCACUGACAUGCGUCACAAGUUUUCAGACCCAGAGGACAUAUUUGCACUUGAUAGGCGAUGUUCGAAAACAGUCUGCACGCGAACCCGGAUACGUCCAAGUGGGGCCUCGACCGGAUGACGGACAUGUCCUUCAUGUUCAACAAGGCGCGGCGGGCGAACCCCUGCACGCUGAAGUGGUCGUACAUGCCGCAUUUGCGCGACCUCCGGGGGUUUCUGAAGGACGCAGCCUGUGCGGCUCCGCUGUACGAGCGGUGGGACGUGCUCCGCGUCGACUGGGAGGCCGACGGAAAGAUCGACUUCUUGUACGGAAACCAGAUCGACGAGAUGCUUGGGGGCGACGUGGAAAAUGGUACCCUGUGCUUCGAGUCCCCGGACUACAUAUCAAAUGUAAAAAUGUCUGGGUCUGGAAGCUUGCCAGGUUUGUCAUGCAUAUUUUGGAAGACUCGUGAUGUCUGUGAUGCAUGCUGUAGCAUGACAGAUUUUUAGAGGCCUUUGUGAUGCCUCUACCGCAUGAGAAAUGCCCUCUCCGGGUAGCACAAACUGGAGUUAUGUUGCCGGUCAUUCAAUGCAAAUUUUUUUAGAAUCUAGAGACAGCAUCACAAGUUUAGAAACUUCCAGACCCAGACAUUUUUGCAUUUGAUGCUACAGCAACGAAUACCAAAAUUUUCCGCCCCCCGCCCACAAGGGUUGCCCGGAGUACGAGAAAAUUCCCUACCCCUACCUCACGUUCCUCCCCGCCUUCCCCGCCAUUUUGUGGGUGCAGAUCUACUUCAUCAUCCUGUGUCUGUGCACCUGGCGCCGUACCAACAUCGACCGCAUUUCCACGAAGCCCUCGGAGACCACCAAAUAUAUCAUCACCGAGGUGUGGACCCCCCAGCACUGGCAGGACACCUACUGCAACCGGCGGAAGCGGAGCCUUCGCCCGCACGAAAACGACGACCCGGAGGAUGAAUCGGAGGGCGCGUUGGCCGGCGCGCCCAAGGGCGCCGGGAGGGUAGACGUCAAGGCGGAGGGCGAGGCAGAGGGCGACGCGGCAGCCGCGGUGGAUGACCGUGAGAGCACGGGGGAGUCUUCCUCCAGCACAUCGCGCUCCUCGCAUAUCGAAGGAAAAAAGUGAUACAGUUACACACGACAUCGAAAAUAGCGUAUUUUUUCAAGGGCAGGCUAGAACUUUUUUCGAGCCGCGGCUACCUGUCACGCCUAUUGCGUUUUCAUUUUCGUGUCAGUGUAAGUCUCGAACACAUCAAAACAGGAGCGGAAUCGGUAGCAAUGAUUUUCGUCCGUUGAGUAUCCGAGUGGGGGCACUCAUUUACACUGUCAGGAUGGAAAGACUCACGAUGGGCAUAAGCAUAGGCGUAGGCUGGCUAGGCUUAGGCUGUGCGAUUCUACUAGGCUAGGCAUGCUGUACGAAGCUACUGGCUACGUCCGUGAUUGAAUUUCAGGGAUCCUGCGGGCGCAGGCUCUUCCGUGGGUGUCUGAGAAAAUAUCUCGCCUACAAGUCAAGCGGCGCAUGCUUGAUAGCGCAACACUCGUGCUACAGGGCUACCAAAACCCUGCCAAUGUUCACCCGGAGGCGGUUUGCCACUCUUGUGACCGAGUCCCCUUCCAUCUGUAUUCUCUGCUUCAUGUUGUCACGGGAUGGGGCCAGGAAACAAAAGGCCAGCGAACCGCAUUCCGGGCCAGCCAUUGGGAGAGGAGCGCCAAAAUAGGCGCGCCCUCAGCUAGCUAGUGUAGGACGUAACUGAUGGGGCCGAUGGCUGGCUGCAUUCGUCAUGUCUGCGUCAUUCAUCAGAAACGAAGUUUUCGCCGACCUGCGUUCCAAAAAAAUUCUUACUGAACGUAUGAAAAUAUUCGGUUUUAUUUUUCUUGCAAUGUGUAACAGUAACACUUUUUUUCCUCCAGUACAUCGCGCUCCUCGCAGUCGAAGAGCGGCGAUUCGGGCGGCGGCGCGGCCGCGGGCCCGCCAAAGGUUCUUCGACCCCCGAAGUCGCCAAAGCGCCGCAGCGUUGGCAGCGAUGACGCAAUGAAGGACAAAGUAGACUCAACAUCAGCUGCAAAGUCCUCCUCGUCAAAGCAAAAGCGCCGCAGCGUGGGCAGCGAUGAUGCGAUGGCUGGCGACGUCCAUGCCGGGCCAGGACCACCCGGCGGCGGCGCACAGGACCAAGUCGGGGGCUCGUCCUCGUCUUCGCAACAGCCGCACCGCCGCAGCGUCGGGAGC